UUUGAGUAGAGUAGAUUAGAUUAGAUUUGGAUAUUUUGCUAUGAAGAAUCGGCGAACCAAAGUCGUUCUACGACACUUGCCGCCGACACUUUCUCAGUCUAUGCUUCUGGAGCAUGUUGAUUCUCGCUUUGCUGGUCGAUACAAUUGGUUCACUUUUCGCCCAGCCAAGACCAGCCUGAAGCAUCAAAGCUAUUCAAAAGCCUAUAUUGACUUUCGGAAUAUGGAAGAUGUUACUGAGUUUGCUGAGUUCUUUGAUGGGCACAUGUUUGUGAAUGAGAAAGGCACUCAGUUCAAAACCAUUGUCGAGUAUGCUCCUUCCCAGCGUGUCCCAAAGCACUGGCUCAAGAAGGAUGCCCGUGAAGGGACCAUAUUGAAAGAUCCUGCAUAUAUGGAGUUCCUUGAAUUUCUUGCAAAGCCUGUUGAGAAUCUUCCGAGUGCUGAGAUACAAUUGGAGAGAAAGGAAGCUGAACGAGCUGGCUCAGCAAAGGAUGCUCCUAUAGUUACUCCAUUAAUGGAUUAUGUACGUCAGAAAAGAGCUGUGAAGAGUGGAGCUCGGAGGUCUAUCUCUAAUGGAAAAUCAAGUAAAAGUGUUGGUGGCACAAGCUCAAGAAGUCCUAGCUCAACUGCAUCUAGACGAGGCUCUGAAAAGAGAACUUCUACAACCAUGUAUGUUCAACGGGACAGUUCUAAGGCUGGCAACAGUAAGGACAAAUCCUAUAUUCUAGUGCCAAAACGUGGUGAUCAGCAGCUCUCUGUCAAGUCUGGUACUUCUGCUCCUGGAUCUGGGAUUGAUGUAGUGGAAGGGGAAAUUGGUCGUUCAGUAACUGCUGAUAGUGGGAAGAAGAAAAUCCUGCUCUUGAAGGGGAAGGAAAAAGAAGGUCCUAAUGUUUCUGGUGGUUCACUAGCUCAACAGAAUGUGUCAUCUGCUCUCAAGAAUUCACCUAGUUUAUCUGCUCUGAAACAGAACCAGCGCCAAGAGACAAGUGGCAGAAUCAUCAGAAGUAUUCUUCUAAAGGAUGCUCGACAGAAUCAGUCAGCAUUUCAAUCAGAUCAAAUACAGGAUAAGGACAUGAGACCUCCUCUGCCACCAAGUAUGCAGUUGUUUCAGAAGGAUACAAGUGGAGCUAAUGAGGAUAAGGUUGUUGGAAAUGAAAAGCAUGUUGUCCACAUUGAGAAACAAGAAAGACGUUCUAGGAAUAGAGAUCGGCCUGAUCGUGGUGUUUGGGCUCCUCUUCGUCGUGCUGAUAGUUCACAAGCCAGUAAUGGAUCUUUAUCAUCUGGUAUUCCUCAAUCUUCCCAAGUGCGGGAGUUUGUUGAAGGGGGUCAAGGAGAAUUGAAAAAUGAUCUACCAAUUGCACGCGGUAGUGAGUUCAGACCAAUUGGAAGUGGGCGUAAUUCUCACUCUUCUGCGGAUAAUGGUAACUCUAAACAUGGUGGUCGUCGUGGUUUGAGGGAUGUGGCUGGCACUUCUAUUGGGGAAGGAAAACCCGUGAAAAGGGGAGGCACUUCUGCUUACAGUUCUCUUGAGAAACAAGUGUGGGUUCAAAAGUCAAGUUCUGGUUCUUAGUUUGUUAUUUAAUGUGAAAUGCUUGGUUGUUUACCAUAUCAAGUAUACAGAUAGUGGCAACUCUCUUUGCUUGACAGAACAGGUGUAAGCAAGGUUGCUGGAGCAAAGAUGUGGGUUCGAAAAACUCAAAUGGAACUUCAAUACACCAGGGUGCUACAGGUACUGUUGUUCACCUUUGAACUAAUCUUUGACCGUAUUGAAUCAAAGAUUGCCUGGAAUAGGAGCGAGGGGGAAGGAAGUCAUUAAUGACAUCACCACGAUUUUCAGCUGGUGUUCAUUGUGAUGCCAUCAUUUCACCAUCAGAGCUGUGGAUAUCCUCAUUCCUGCCUUUGACUCGGCUGAUAAUCGAGAAAAUAUAGUUUCUUACAUGGGAACUUAACUUUUGUUGAACUGUAAAUACAAAUGUAUGAUCAUGUUAAGUGCCCACACUACUUAUUCAUGUCUAUAAGCCAUGUUAUUUCUAGGCUUGACUGGUUGUAAAUUGGAAGCUUGUUUGAGUUAGUGUUAUCUAAGCAGAUCCAUGCACUGAAGCAUUGAAAAGUUGGAUUCCCAUUAUUCGUGUGUUGUUGGGGCGUAUUGGUAAAUGAAAGAGCAUUUUGGUGUUGAUCCAUCAGCUGGCCAAAGCAUAUGUUCAGUUUAUAUAUUAAGCAGUUUUUCUA